CUAAUCAAGAAAUCGUCAAAUAAAACAAUAUGGCGUUUAUCGGCGAUUGUCAACUCUUAAAAUUUUGGUGAUCGGUUUUCUUGAUUGUGGUUCUUGUGAUUGUUGUUGAGAAAAAAUUAAUUUCUCAGAAGAAAUGGUCGAAUAAGUGGAAGAAAUUGAAACGGAUAUGUAGUUUUAGGUUACUUUAUGUUCGAUAAUGAACAAUGACGGUUAUAUGUAUUCUUUAAGGUGUUUUUGUGUUUUUCGUUAAUUUAUUUUUUCAAAUGAUGAAUGCAGUGAAUGUGCCAGACCACAUAUAUGAUUUCAAUAACGAAGAAAAUCUGGCCAAAUGGAAAGGAGUGUUAACUACCGCUUUAAAAAAGGUCUUGGAGACUGUACAUCCAUCCUUGGAGGCUCAAGAAGACGCCUUGGAAUAUGUAGAAAACUUAUGUUUACGGCUGUUGGCUAUGCUUUGUGCAAAACCUAGUCCACAUACAGUACAGGACGUGGAGUAUAGAGUUCAAAGUACUUUUCCAACGCCGAUAGAUAAAUGGGCCUUAAAAGAAGCUCAGGAGGCUGUGGAUCGUGGUAAAAAGAAGUCUGCUUUGUUAUUACCAGUAGACAAGAUCCACAGUUUAUUACAGAAGGAAUUACUUUUGUAUAAGGUUGACCUAACUGUAUCUUUGUUCCUGGUAGCUGUCUUGGAGUAUAUUUCAGCAGAUAUUCUAAAAUUAGCAGGAAAUUAUGUGAAACACAUCAAGCAGGUCGAAAUCACUUAUCAAGAUGUUCAGAUUUCGAUGAAUGCCGAUAAGGCUUUAAUGGACAUGUUCUACCAAGAUGAAGGAAAUGGAGCAGGAAUUCCUUCGGAACCUCAGGUGUUGGUUACUGCAGCGCCCAGGACCAGUCUUACCUACGAGGAGGUGGUCAGAGAACUUAUUGCAUCGGAAAAGGCUUACAUGAGGGAGCUUCACAUGCUCAUCAAAGUUUUCAGGGAGGAACUUAUAAAGUUAGGAUCGGAUCAAAGAGAGAUCGAUUGUAUAUUUUCAAACAUCAUGGAUUUGUACGAACUGACCUAUACGUUGUCCGGAAGUUUGGAAGACGUUAUAGAAAUGGCCCAGGACCAGAUGCCUUACAUCGGCAGUUGUUUCGAAGAGCUGGCGGAAGCUGAGGAGUUCCAAGUCUAUUCGAAAUACGCCAAAGACGUGACUUCGACAAGGUGUAGGGAGACGUUGAACAACCUGCUCUCCAAGCCGGAAAUCGAGAGUUCCCUCAUAUCUGCCGGUCAAGGCAUGAGGCUGGCCCUCAAAUACUACCUUCCGGCCCUCCUCAUGGGCCCCAUAAGACACUGCUUCUCCUACAUGGAGUACAUCAGGAUACUGAAGGAGCUGUCUUCCGCCGAAGACAAGGAAUCUCUGGAGCAGGUCGAGGUUAUGUUGAAACCUCUGCAGAUGGAGCUAAGUAGAUGCGUGCCUUCUUCAGCCUUGCCUAGGACCUCGACCCCCCUCCUGCAGAUCAGGGCGCGUCGCCAGGCGGCCCUGGAGAAGAUCCAGGAGCUGGAGAAGAUAGUCGAGAACUGGGACUCGAAGGACAUCGGCCAGUGCUGCAACGAGUUCGUCCGCGAGGACGUCCUGCUCAAGGUGAGCUCGGGCAAGAGGCUCACCGACCGCAGGGUGUUCCUGUUCGACGGUCUGAUGAUCCUCUGCAAGCCGAACACGAGGAGACAGAGCUCCAUCCACCACAUGAACCAUCCGGAGUGUCGGCUCAAGGAGCGGUUCUUCAUCAGGAAGGUGGAGAUCAUCGACCAUCAGGACACGGACGAGCUGAAGAACUCGUUCGAGAUCUGUCCCAGGCAGCAGCAGACGCCCGUGCUGCUGUGCACGAAGAGCGCCGACGAGAAGAACUCCUGGAUGGCCGAUCUGGUCAUGUUGAACAACAGAUCCAUGUUGGAGAGGAUCCUGGACAGCAUCUUGUCCGACAUCGAGCGAAAGCACCCUCUGAAACUCCCCUCCCCGCAGCUGUACAAGUUCGCGGAGCCGGAUUCCAAGGACAACAUCAUCCUGGAGCAGAGGGAGAACGGGGGCGUUCCCCUGAUAAAGGGCGCCACCCUGUACAAGCUGGUGGAGAGACUGACGUACCACAUCUACGCCGACCCGAAGUUCGUGCGCACCUUCCUGACCACCUACCGCAGCUUCUGCUCCCCCAACGAGCUCCUGGACCUGCUCAUCGAGAGAUUCAGCAUCCCCGAUCCGUCCCUCGUCUACGAACUGGACUGCUGCGACACCGAGAAGAUGCAGAAGUGCAAUCAGCGGGAGGACUGGAAGAAGUACCGGAAGGAGUAUUGCCAACCCGUUCAAUUCAGGGUUUUGAAUGUGCUUCGACACUGGGUGGACCAUCAUUUUUACGAUUUUGAGAGGGAACCGGAACUCCUGUCGAAACUGGAGAAGUUUCUUGACUCGGUGAAUGGGAAGAGCAUGAGGAAAUGGGUCGAUAGUGUCUUGAAAAUAGUACAAAGGAAGGUGGAAAACGACACCCAGCGUCACAUAAAAUUCGCUUUCGCCGAAAAUCCUCCACCCAUCGAGUGGCACAUACCCUGCGGAGAGGAGGACUACGGCAUCCUCACCCUGCACCCGGUGGAGAUAGCCAGACAGCUCACAAUCCUCGAGUUCGACCUCUACCGCAACAUCAAACCCUCGGAAUUGGUGGGUUCGGUCUGGACUAAAAAGGACAAGGAGAAGACCAGUCCGAACCUGCUGAAGAUGAUCAAGCACACCACCAACUUCACGAUAUGGCUGGAGAAGAAUAUAGUGGAAGCGGAGAAUUUCGAGGAGAGGGUGGCCAUCUACAACAGGAUCAUCGAGAUCAUGAUCGCUCUGAACGAGAUCAAUAAUUUUAACGGGGUUUUAGCGGUGGUCUCGGCCACGGCCUCUGCUUCGAUACACAGGUUGAAACUGACGUAUCAGGCGCUAAGUCAACAGAAGCAGAAGGCGUUGGAGGAGUGUAGGUCGGACGAUCACUUCAAGAAGUACCAGGAGAAGUUGCGUAGCAUCAAUCCGCCCUGCGUCCCCUUCCUCGGCAUGUAUCUGACCAACAUCCUUCACAUCGAGGAGGGAAACCCCGACUUCUUACCCAACACCCAACUGGUCAACUUCUUCAAACGGAGAAAAGUGGCGGAGAUCACGGGGGAGAUACAACAGUAUCAGAAUCAACCUUACAUCUACACCGUCGAACCCAAGAUCAGGCAUUUCCUGGAGAACCUGUGUCCGUUCGGCGACAUGUCCGAGAACGAGAUCAACAACUACCUGUACAACAAGUCGAUCGAGAUCGAGCCGAGGGGCUGCAAGCAGAUACCCAAGUUCCCGAGGAAGUGGCCGCAUCUGAACCUGAAGAGUCCGGGUAUCAAGUCGAAGACGUCGUCGGUCAGGCAACUGAUAAACAGCACGAGCACCCUCGGCUCGUCGACCCUUAGUUCGGCCAGCAUAUCGAGCGUGAGCACCAUCAGCGGCUCGGCCAAGGGCAACAACAGCGAGGAGCCGAAGAGCGAGGAUUCCUCCAGGUCCGACAACGAUUUCAGCGUGUUUGCUUCGGUACAGCUGGGAAGCACGGGACAGAACAGCCCCACCUUGUCCCCCGUCUCGCCCGCCGGACCUUCAUCCUGGAGACCCGCGAUGCACAUGCGGAGUCCCAGCACGAGUUCCACGAGUACCAUCGCGUCCAUCAGGUGCGGAUCGGUGUCUAGGAGCGAGGUUGUGAACGCCAUACCACUGGCCCCCAGAUACUCGACAUCGGUGGCUCCGAACAGUCCGGGUCCCAAGAGCCCCGUGUCUCCCACCUUCGAUUCCAUCAGCCCCAGACUGCCUUGCACCCCUCCCCCCAUCCCGCCGAGGAGGAGGAGAGACAGUCCGGAAAUCAGCUCGCCUCAGCAGAUGAAGCAGGCCCCCGACGCACCCAUCCUCCCGCCUAGGGAGUCCUCGCCGCCUCCCCUGCCCCCCAGGAGGGAGACGGGUCUCUCGCCCUCCGCCUUCAGCCACUCCCACCAGGCCUCUCUACCCAGCUCGCUGACGAUGGGAAUGGGCACCAUGCCCCGACUGCACCCCACGCACACCUCCCAACUGCACAUAAGGAGGCACUCCUCCCAGCCCCAACAACCCUCCAGGCCGGUCCUGAUGAACGGAGGAACGCCAUCGUCGUCGAUCCCGCCGCCCAGCAUAUCGCCCAGGUACGGCAGCGACUCCCCGACGGGGCAGGUGACGCCCAAGCUGCCGCCCAAGCCGGCCGUGAGGUCUGCGGAGUACGCCUCCGGCACCAGGUUCCAGUACCCGAGCACCACGACCACCUGACGAAGGGCCGACAAGCCGGCCCGGAACCGCAAGAAGAAAUGCUGAGCGCGCCCGGCCGGCCGGAUCGAAGAUCGGGCGUUUCUUCUUCCGCGCGACGGCGCCGUCGAUGACGUUCGAGGUUAUCGCGCGUCCUGACGUUCGGUUUUAGGUUAUGUCCGAUGUGAGGUCGAUCGCGUCGGUUUUGAUUCGAUACGGGCGGGUUAACCUAAAAAAUAAGAUCGCGCAUAGAAUCGCCGGGAGGAAACGUCAACGUCAACGUCACUUUGACGUUUGCGACGAAAUCAGGUAACUCUUCGGACUGUGGCCAUUAGCUGAUGCCUUCCACUCGCACUUUUGGUCUUCUUUCGUCAAAAUCCGAUCGAAAUUUCGUCAGUUGGUGUCCACCAUCGAUAGAUUUAUCGAAUACUAAAAAACCAAGUGCCACAUAAAUUAUUUAAAUAAAAAAAAAUCUUCGCUUCUUCUUCGUUGAUCUGGAAGUAGAGAAACCAAAUGAACUGUUGUGCAAUCUCCCCUCGUGGUGUUUUAUCGGUACAAGAAUUUCAAUGCAAUCUUAUAAAAAUCAAUGUUUUACCUUCAUAUACAGGGCGGUUGGCGAAAUGGUAACGUUUGGAGCGUGUUGCCCUGUAUUUGCGAGGGGUUAUGUCGAUAUUAAUUGUGAUUAUUUGAUGUAUUUAAGAUAUAUAUAUAUAUAUACACACAUAUAUAUUGAAUGGUGAAUAUUUUAAUAAAGAAAAAGAAUUCUCUAAAUUGUAAAUUGUGUAAAAAAUAUGUAAAAUACUGUAAAUGUAUAUUAUAGUGGCCAGCAGAAAUACCUACAGUAUAAUACGAGAUUUUAUAUGUUGAAAUUUUUUAUCGAAGAUAUUAGAGGACGAGACAAGGAAGACUCGGAUUUCCUUGUCGUGUCGAGGAAAAAGAAUUGUUGAAAAAAAAUUAUAUAUAUAUAUCUAGCUGUUAUCGUGUCAUUCCUCGUAUGUUAAUUGAAAAUAGCGUUAUAUUUUAGUGUUUUCGGGAAUCUUUCUUUACCGAGGAUUGACCCUUUUUACGUUACAAAAUGGACCUCUGUUUCUUUUAGAUUUUGCGUUUUCAGUAUUUUUUAAAAUGAGAAAAUGCUACGCGCGCCCUCUCGCGUAGUUUGAAUUUUUCGAUUCUUUUAAACUGUGAUAGUAGCAAUGGACCAUAAUUUGUAAAAAUUGAACAUGUUCAAUAUAAGUACAAUAAAUGUAUUGAUGUACAGAAA